UAUUUCUUCUUCUUCUUCUUCUUCUUUUUCCUUCGUUCCUUGGACUCCAAUUCAACAAACGGCCCUCGAAUCAAGUCUCAGAAUGUCCACUGCGAUCAACUCAACGAAUAUAUUUUGGCAAGAAUAUCUUGUUGGGAAAGCUGAAAGGCAGAAACUACUCAACCAAAAGGGCUGUGUCAUAUGGAUUACGGGUCUCAGCGGAUCAGGGAAAAGUACACUAGCAUGCUCACUAAGUAGAGAACUGCAUUCAAGGGGAAAGCUGUCAUAUAUCCUUGAUGGUGAUAACCUUCGUCAUGGUCUCAACAAGGAUCUUGGUUUCAAAGCAGAAGACCGGACUGAAAAUAUUCGCAGAGUUGGGGAGGUAGCGAAACUGUUUGCAGACGCAGGAUUGCUCUGCAUUGCAAGUCUGAUAUCCCCAUAUAGGAAAGAUCGUGAUGCUUGUCGGGCAAUGCUACCAGAUGCAAAUUUCAUUGAGGUUUUCAUGAACAUGCCCCUCGAGUUAUGCGAGUCAAGGGAUGCAAAAGGACUUUACAAGCUUGCACGUGAGGGAAAGAUUAAAGGUUUUACUGGAAUAGAUGAUCCAUAUGAAGAACCACUGAACUGUGAGAUAGAAAUAAAGCAGAAUGAUGGAGUUUGUCCCGUGCCUGCAGCCCUCGCAGACCAGGUAGUGACAUACUUGGAGGAGAAAGGCUUUCUUCAAGUUGAGUGAUUCAUCUUUCUCCAACUGCCUUCAUCUCUAUUGAAAGCAGUUCUUCCAUAUACAUGGUAUCUUCCAAAACAUAAUCGGUUGGAUUGACCCUGCUUUCGAACCACCCGACUUCUUUUGGUGGGCUAGUGGGGUACUAAUAGCUAGGAGUGAGUACAUCAUUUCGUUAAUGUCUUUUUUCUCUUUUAUGAUGAUUUAUAGGGGAAGAGAUUUCAAGUUCAACAGUGAAAGUAACAUUGUAGAUUCUAUUCACUGAAACAACAUCAAAGGUCUGAUGACUUUAAUGUUGUACCGAAAUUGAAAUCGAAUAUCAAUUUA